UUAUUCCAUGGCAUUAAGGAUCUUUAGAAGAUACUGCGUGGAACCUCCCCCGGGCAUGCAACAACUCAAGGACAUGUAGCUGUGAAAGAAUCCGUCUCUGCAGACGCCAUACGAGGCUGAACCGCGAGAUACUACCAACGAUACGUAUUCACAGGCUAUUGUGCUGGUCGUUGUUCUCCUAGUCUUCCAGAAGGCACUGCAGUUAGCGCCCAUAGUCAUGCAGCCCUAACUUGUCGCUCUGUUAUACUCCAUUGUCCACAAGCAGACGCGUGCGCUGCUGAUUGCUAGUGUCAACUUAGACAGGCGACGUCUUAAAGAUGGCCAGCUACGAGGUUGCAGUGCCCGACGAGCGCAUAGCUGCUCUGAAGGACAAGCUGUCGAGGUCAAGUUUCCCAGACGAGCUUCAAGGCGCAGCAUGGGACUAUGGCGCUCCUUUGGUCGACGUAAAGCGUCUUGCAGCGUACUGGCAAAACGGUUUCGACUGGCGAGCCCAAGAAACGAAGCUCAACGACCUGCCAAACUACCAUAGGAUGAUUCAGGUAGAUGGCUUCCCGGAGCUGGACAUUCAUUAUCUUCAUCAGCCCUCGGACGCGCCGGACGCCAUUCCCUUGCUCUUCUGUCAUGGCUGGCCUGGCAGUUACCUCGAGGUGACCAAAAUGCUAGCCGCGUUGAAGCAGAGCAGUAACGGUGUAGCGUUCCAUGUCGUGGCACCUAGCUUGCCAAAUUUCGGAUGGUCUGAGGGUGCAAAGCAGAAAGGGUUCGGACUGAAACAGUAUGCUGAGGUCAAUCACCGCCUCAUGCAAUCGCUAGGCUACAACACCUACGUGACACAGGGAGGCGAUUGGGGGUUCUACAUCACUCGGGCCAUGGGGUUGCUCUAUCCAUCAUCUGUACUAGCCUCUCACGUGAACAUGAUCCGAGCCAACCCUCCGACCUGGACCGGCACGCCUCUUCUUGCGCUCCAACACGCCAUCCAGCCCUACACGGAACGUGAUCGCCAAGGACUCGAACGCAGCAAGUGGUUCGCGGAGGAAGGCAGCGGCUACCGCUUGACCCAAUCAACGAAACCACAAACUCUCGGCUACGCGUUAACGGACAGCCCCGUCGGUCUUCUAGCAUGGAUCCUGGAGAAACUGCACGACUGGACGGACAACUACCCCUGGACGGACGACGAGAUCCUCACCUGGGUCAGCAUCUACUACUUCUCCACCGCCGGCCCUGCAGCGAGUUUGCGCAUUUACUACGAAGCCAUACAUGCCGAUGCCGUUAGGGGCGUAAGCAGAGACCGCACGCAGCAGUGGAUCUCCAAGGUUAAGCUAGGGCUGUGCCACGUACCGCGUGAGCUGACUGUCGUGCCUUCGACCUGGGGUCGAACGUUAGGACCUGUUGUGUUUGAGAGUCGGAAGGUACACGGAGGACAUUUCGCCGCGUGGGAAAUCCCGGAGGAGAUCGUGGCGGAUUUGAGGAAGAUGUUCGGGCAGGGUGGACCUUGUUAUAGAGUCACGGCAUCCUUUGCGAAGCUGUGAAUGGUGAAUGUGAUGCAAGAACAGGAGAUCUUUCAGGCCGAAUUGACAACAAGAAAUUUCUGAUCGUGAAGUCACAGCCUUUAUAAAAGGCACCACGGAUGGGGAGGCACGUGCGCUGCGAUGGUACGUUGUUGCCAUUGGCGACAGAUGAACCCCGCAAAUUGAGAGGUCCAGUUACUCGACGCGAGAGAGUGCAUGUUAUGUGCUG